CUUCCGUAAACGUACGUCGUUCCUAGUUAGUUUGGUUGGCUGCAAAAAUUAUGAUUUUAGCCAAUCACAUUGUUCCAGGUCACUCACAGCAAAUGUACAGGAAGGAAAGAUGGCAGCCAAAAAUGGGAAGAAUGGUCUACUUGAGAAAUGGAGGAUUGAUGAGAAACCUGUGAAGAUUGACAAAUGGGAUGGUGCAGCUGUCAAGAAUUCUCUUGAUGAUGCAGCGAAGAAGGUGCUCUUGGAGAAGUAUGGUUAUGCCGAGAACUUCAAUCUCGUAGAUGGACGUCUCCUCAUUUGCACAAUCUCCUGCCUCUUCGCCAUCGUAGCUUUAAUUUGGGACUUCCUUCAUCCAUUCCCUGAGUCCAAGCCAGUCCUGGCAAUCUGUGUUAUAUCGUAUUUCAUAAUGAUGGGCUUUCUAACCUUAUACACCUCCUACCAAGAGAAGAACAUCUUCCUCGUUUCUGUCCAGAAGGAUCCCGCAGGCAUGGACCUUGACCACACCUGGCAGCUUUCAUCUAGUCUGAAAAGGUUUGAUGACCAGUACACACUAAGAGUGUCCUUCACAGAUGGGAAGUCCAAACACACACGGGAGCAAGAGAUCACAAAGUCUGUGGGGGCUUUCUUUGACGGGAACGGAACGCUGGUCAUGGACCAGUUUGAAAAGUGUGUGUCAAAACUCCAUAAUACCUUGGCCACUGAAAAGAAGACAAAAUAAUAAUGAUCAGACCUUUACAAUGCUGCACCACACCGGCAUGAACUGCAGUAGAGCACACUCUUAUUGUACAAUCCUGGGUGCAUUUGGAUUAGUUAUUGGUUGUUAUAAAAGUCUGCACGCCAGCAUUUGUUGUCUUGUUAUAAUUGUCCAAUAAAUUUGAGGGUUGUCAUUACAUUUCCCUCCUAUGUUUACCUUGA